AACCGGGCCGUUGCCUCUCGCCACCCUGACACACCAUCGCUGCAAAACACAGCACAGGCCGGGCUACUGUCUCUGUCUCUGAACAAGGGCGAGGAAGACCGUGAAGAUGUCUGACAUGGAAGACGAUUUCAUGUGCGAUGAUGAAGAAGAUUACGACCUGGAAUACUCAGAGGACAGUAAUUCAGAGCCCAAUGUGGACCUGGAGAACCAGUACUACAACUCCAAAGCCUUGAAGGAGGAUGAUCCCAAAGCAGCACUCAGCAGUUUCCAGAAGGUAUUGGAACUAGAAGGAGAGAAAGGAGAGUGGGGAUUCAAAGCACUGAAACAGAUGAUCAAAAUCAACUUCAAGCUGACCAACUUUCCAGAGAUGAUGAACAGGUACAAGCAGCUCCUCACGUACAUCAGAAGUGCCGUCACCAGGAACUACUCGGAGAAGUCCAUCAACUCCAUUCUGGACUAUAUCUCUACCUCCAAACAGGUAUGGAUAGACAAUGCUAUGGACUUGCUACAGGAGUUCUACGAAACCACAUUGGAGGCUUUGAAAGAUGCAAAAAAUGACAGACUGUGGUUUAAAACUAACACAAAGUUAGGGAAGCUGUACUUGGAGAGAGAAGAAUAUGGGAAACUGCAAAAGAUCCUAAGGCAACUUCACCAGUCAUGUCAGACGGAUGAUGGAGAGGAUGACCUGAAGAAAGGCACACAGCUGUUGGAGAUCUAUGCUCUGGAGAUCCAGAUGUACACGGCACAGAAAAACAACAAGAAAUUGAAAGCCUUGUAUGAGCAGUCACUUCAUAUUAAAUCUGCCAUUCCUCACCCACUCAUAAUGGGAGUUAUCAGAGAGUGUGGUGGGAAGAUGCAUUUGAGAGAGGGUGAGUUUGAGAAAGCUCACACAGACUUCUUUGAGGCCUUUAAAAACUAUGAUGAGUCUGGAAGCCCAAGAAGGACAACAUGCCUGAAGUACCUGGUCCUAGCCAACAUGCUGAUGAAGUCAGGAAUAAACCCCUUUGACUCUCAAGAGGCCAAACCAUACAAAAAUGACCCGGAGAUUCUAGCAAUGACAAACUUAGUAAGCGCCUACCAGAACAAUGACAUCACUGAAUUUGAGAAAAUCUUGAAAACAAAUCACAGUAACAUAAUGGACGACCCCUUCAUUAGAGAGCACAUAGAGGAGCUCCUGAGGAACAUUAGAACUCAAGUACUUAUCAAACUCAUCAAACCGUACACGAGAAUACACAUCCCUUUCAUUUCUAAGGAGCUGAACAUCGAUGUGUGUGAUGUGGAGAGUUUGCUGGUGCAGUGCAUCUUGGAUAACACAAUCCACGGCCGAAUUGACCAAGUCAACCAGCUACUAGAACUGGACUACCAGAAGAGAGGAGGAGCUCGCUACACAGCUUUAGACAAAUGGACAAAUCAGCUGAACACACUCAACCAAGCCAUUGUUAGCAAACUCACAUGAUGGCAUGUAAAAUCAAGAGACAAAGGAAAAAUGGCAUGUUUUAAUACAUCCAUAAAGUAUGCUACUGUGCUUCUUCAAGUAUAUCCUCUGAGACAAGAUACACAGCACAGGUUUUUGAGAAUGCCACCAAUUUCAAGAAGACUCAAGGAACCCCCGAGAACGUGUUCAAAGUGUGUUGUUUUGUGGUGAUGAGAGGAAAUCCACUGACACUUAUUUUUGUUUUUCAUGUUUCCCCCCCCCCAUUGGCCGAUCCUUCCAUGUGCAACACACAAAAAUGCUUCAGUUGUUUGAAAAAAAAAAAAAGGAAAAAAAAAAACAGAAGUUCAAAAUGUGUAUGAAAAACUUGUACACAGUAUUUUAAUGUAUACUGUUGCCUGUUGGUAAUAAACAGAUUUCUCUCAGCACUAAAAAAAAAAAAAAAAAAAGGAUUCAGCUGCCUUUGACUAGCCACAAAGUUUUAACAGUGUCACGGGCUAAACGUCGAAUAAAAUGUUUUCAACUGUCAUAAAUGAAACAAAGAAA